CUGAAAAGCUUUCUAUUAUAUCACGAUUGUAUAAAAUACUAAAUUGCACCUAUCUCUGGUCAACAGCUCAUAGAGCCACCAGUUUUAAUACAAACUUCUCAAACCGGAUAAAGAGCCAGUUGUUAGUCAUCCGAGGAUCGGCUUCCACGCAUCAGUGUUUCGAGUAUUAUAUUUCAAAUAACAAUAAUAUGUGCGACAUAGUUAUUUCUUUAUUUACGUUUAUUGUGUUAAGUUGUACAUCGGUUUACGCGGAAAUAAAAAACUGUACGGACUGCAUUGCCUACAAAUCAUGUGAUGCUGCUGUAGAGCCCAUUGAAAAGAAUGAUCCAGCCAUCGACACCCAGCUCAACAAUGCCUUCUGCGGGUUCGAGAGCGGGCGACCAAUGGUAUGCUGCUCCGAGUUGACUGAGCUGGGGUACGCCGCCGAUAACCAUCCAAAUCUUCGCCUGUUGCCGGACAACUGCGGCGUUGGAGGGGAGGACUAUGGAUUCAGGCUUGCAGGAGCGUUUCCGGUCCCAGGUCUCUACGAGUAUCCCUGGAUGGUGCUCAUUUCCUACCUGUCGCGAUUUUCCAACAGCGAAGAGGAUUCCACAUUUAAUUGCGGUGGAAGCCUUAUCAACGAGCGUUACGUGAUGACCGCGGCCCACUGUGUCUCCGGCGGCGCUCGCAGGAGGCUGCUCAGCGUGAGAGUGGGUGAAUAUGACGUGGAUACGACUACGGAUUGUGUGGGAGAUCCUCCCAAGUGUGAAUCUUAUGUACAGGACAUAGGCAUUGAAGAAGUCUUUGUCAAGGUAAUCGAUGCCCAUCAAGACAAAUACCCCUAUGAUAAUAGCAUCGGGCUCAUUAGGCUGAAAACUCCCGUGAAUUUGUUUUUAAAGAAUGCUGGUACAGUUUGCCUGCCAGUGACCCGCUAUUUGCGAACGCGGGACCUCGUUAAUUUGGGUGCCACCGUCACUCAUUGGAGAGUUUCGCGGGAUGGCUAUUACGCCUUUUCCAAAAUGCUAUAUGCGGAUGUUAAAAUAAGAGAUGCUGAGUACUGCAAGGAGCAGUACAAUAAGUACACAAUUACACUAAAAACAAAUUACACAGACGAUGACGUGCACAACAAGAUCUGCGCCUCCUAUCCAGACGGCGCAGACACCUGCCCCGUUGCAGGAAGCCCCUUGAUGGUGCAGAGUCUGUUCGGGGACCGCGAUCGCUUCGUCCAGUACGGGGUCCAGUCGUACGGACCAAAAGGCUGUGGAAAAUUGUCACUUCCCGAAAUCUACACAGAUGUCACUAAAUACAUGACCUGGAUUCUGGAUACAAUCAGACCUUGAGUCAGAAUCACUAAUGAAGAAACAAGCGAUGUAGUUAGAACGUCUGAUUUGUAGAUCUUUAGAUCAUCUGCGUAAAAUAGUUAAUGUUUUAUGUGGUCGGUGAUAUCAUUAUUGAAUAUUAGGAAAGGCACCGGUCCCAUAUGCAACCCUCGUGUGACUCCCGAUUCGGCGUAAUAUGUUAGCGAUUUGUAGCCGUGGACAGUGACACUUUGCGGUCACUUAGCAAGAUACGACUCGAACCACUUUAACCAAGUAUAGCCUACACCAAAAAGGCUGAGCUUUCGCAAUAGGACUGCAUGGUCAACUUUAUCGAACGCACUACUGAAAUCGGUGUAUAUAGUGUCAACUUGCGCACCCUUAUCAACUUGAAUAUGUGCACCCUUAUCGGACUCGAAUGAUAGUUUUGUACAUCGGCUUCGCGCUUUUCUUGUAAACUGGCACAACUCGAGACUUUUUCAGGCGAGCCUUCAUCAGGAAAGCAGCCCUCAGUGAGUGACCGAUUAAAUAUAAGAUAGAGCGGUAGAGUCAAAGCCGGACUACACUGUUUCACAAAAAUGGGCGGUAUGCCCCUUUUUAAUUGUCGAGUUUUUUAUAGCCCGUAGUAUUUCUGAUUCGGUCAAACGUAUUUUGUUAAUUUUACAACUUGUGCUCGAUUCGUCUCCUGCAAAGCCGUUAUUAGAGAUCUUUGUUAUAAUUAUGGAUGAAAAGUGUUUAGCAAAAGGUUUAGUUAUAUUUUUUGUAGGUAAAUUCUGUGUUUACUUGCAAGAUAAUGAUUAUAAUAUUUACCAUAACUAAAUGUGUUUCAGUGUCUAUUAGACUACCCUUACUUUGCUUAAGUUCCCGUUCUUUUUAAAACAGGUCUCUGUUAUUCUUUAAUGAUUAUUUAGUUUUACUUACCCGUUUUAUCUAGAUAUGAAAUUCUUAAUUGUUUUUUUAGGUUCUUAGUUUGAAUACCAUUUCGUAUGUAUCUCUUUCAGUUGCUUAAAAGUUAGCUGGAAGAGAUCCCUUAAGGGGAUAAGUUCGCUUUUGUACAUAUUUACUGUAUCUUCUCGGUGUUAUGUACCUAAUUGUUUUGCGCAAUAAAGUGUAAAGAAAAUACCAUGGUAAUGGUCCAUUGA